AUGCCCCUAUUUCGCGAUCCGGAUCGGCGGCGUCAUUAUCAAUGGUCACCCGACCCUGGCAAUCGUGAACAGCCGGCCACAGCGUCCUCGCAGGCCCAGCUAAAUGAUCUCAACCAGCGUGAGAUAGCUGCUCCAGAAAUGGGAAACAACUCCAUGCAUUCAAGGGCGUUGAGUCCGCCCAAGUCGUGGGCAAAUGAUCGGGAGGAGCUGAUACACCGUAUCAAAGAAUCUUCGCCUUGGAGACUUCAACACAUGCCCCCGGAUAAGGACAACAAUGGUUUAUUUAUCUCGGGAACCUCACAGGGGCAAUCGCAAACAGCAUCAAGAGAGCAUGAAGACCGCUCUCUUAAACAAGAACAUCACAUGAAACCAACAGAGGAACUGGGAUCGCCGGCCGAUAUCCAGAGACCUCGGUCAGCAUUACACUCGGGUGAUUUCAGGGAAGGCGCCACAGAUCCCCAUGACUCACACGCUCCUCGAUCUCCCUAUACUGAGCCGAGUACGGCUUCUCCCUUUACUCAUGUGGUCUCCUCUCCCACUACUCCCUGGUUUGGAGCACCGGCCUUGCCACCCGAUCUGCGAAAAACAAGCACAUCGAAUGGACAUUCUCAGUCCGAUGUUAUUGUGAAUGCUCGUGCUCGUGCACCGUCGGUGGGCUCAUUCUCGUCAAGUUAUGUUCUGAAAGCUCCUACCAGUCCUCUAGUAUACCAAGCAAAUAAUACCGACUUGGACUUUUCGUCCCGUGUUGACCAUGUGGACGUCUCGGAGUCUUUGGAGAGAAAAAGCCGUCGUCGUACUUUGCCACCAGAGACCUUUGGAAAUCUCCAAUUCUCACUGCCAAGCAAUCAAAUUCCGAACCUUGGCAGUCCAUCUCCCUCUGGCCGGCAGCAGGAUGUCUUCAAUCAAAACUCUUUGCCUCGCCGGUCAUUGACCUCAGCAUACAGUCUUCAACUCGCACCGUCCCCUGGGGGGCAGAUCCCACCAUCUCGAGUAAGAAGGCCGUCUUUUGUCUCUGACAUCUCGUCAAAUCCGCACGCACCGAUGGUGGGGUCUUACGAGGAGUCAAUAUUACGCGGAAGAAUGUCAAUGAAUCCUUCGAAGCCGCUGGAUUUCACCGCUCAGAUCGGUGUCCUUGGCAAGGGACAAUGCAAAGGUCAUCUCAAAUGUCCCCCACAUGUUACAGUGCCAUUUCCAGUUGUCUUUUAUAGCUAUCCGACCUCUGGGUUCGGCCGCUCAAUUUCAGACGAUAACCCGAGUCCCUAUGUAGGACAAAUCGACCUGGAAAAUUCCCUACCAAAGGAGAAUCCCAAUCCGACUCGACGUCGCAGGCGACAUCCGAGUUCAACGGAAACCCGUGAAGACACUCCCGCCACAGGUGGAGCAAAUGAGACCCCUGCGUGUGGUGCUGAAUCACGAGGCCGCCGGGAAAAGAAGAAUCGCACGUCAGAAUCGCCUAAAUGUCCCCCGGGUGGCUCUUACCGGAUUCCACAACAGGGUCAACUACAGAUCAUAAUCAAGAACCCACACAAGACUGCGGUCAAGCUUUUCCUUGUUCCAUACGACCUCAGUGAUAUGGAGCCUGGCACAAAGACCUUCAUUCGGCAACGCAGCUAUUCGGCGGGUCCGAUCAUCGAUAUGCCGCUUAGUGCGCGGAAGAAUUUCGGGACCGAUCGCCCUGAAGCUUCUUUGAAUCCCACAGAAGACCCUCAGGACAAACCCACUUUGCGGUACCUAAUUCAUCUGAACGUAUGUUGUCCCGCACGCGGUCGCUUUUACCUACAUUCAACCAUUCGCGUGGUGUUUGCAAACCGCGUCCCGGAUGGCAAGGAGAAACUACGAAAUGAGAUCCAAAUUCCCGAGCCUCGGUACACUCCCUACAAGCCCUCCCGAGAGUCUUCCAUCUCGAGUACUGCGAGCGCAAAUACGCGCUUGCGAAUUGAACAAGCUUCCCGCAGACGGAGCGUGGGCCAAGGAGCGAUCCCUCACCUCCGCCCACAUGUGUCAUCUCCCAGCGAGUUCCCCUCACAUCUAGAUGUGCCAAGACCCGUGGAUGUUACAGAUCGCUCAGAAAAUACCCCUCCCUCGCAUAGUGUGUCUCGGUACAACGACCUCACCAGGGGCAACGAGGAUUACGGACGUCAUGCUCGCAUCUCAAAUCCAAGCUGCCCAGAAGCCGGCGAGAGCCUACUCGCCAAGAGACUCCGAGGCCUCGACGUGCACAGGCCGGAGGCCACAGUAGACGAACGCCAUCCACGCAAGUUGGGCUUCUAUGACCGACCAUCUCCCACUCACAACCACCAUCCUCGCUGA